AUGAUAAUUGCUAGUUAUAAUGGUAUUAGGGAAGACAUAUUAUUUGAUGGAAUCCAGACCAGAAGAUGGGAUCCAAAGAAGAGACCAGCUAGAUAUGUUCAAAGUGCACCACUUGGAAGAGUUUUCCAGUUCGAAGAAUUCAGUGGUCCUCAAUUCUCAAAUUACUUUGAUCUCGAUUGUUUCAAUUUCGAUUUGCUGAACUGCACGAAUGCAUUCGAUAUAGUGAGAGAAUCUGAUGGAUUGAUUGCCUCUGUGAAAGUGGAGAGGGAUAUAUUCUUCAUGUUUGAUUGGAAUUCUAGACUUUCAUAA